AUGAAACUGAAGAGCCUUCUUGCGACCACCGCGCUGUGCGCUGGCAUCGCAUCACCCACCAUCGCAGGCGCCUGGAGCCUGGAGGAGGCCGCCGCCCCCUAUGCUGGAACGACCGUUGAUGUCGUUUUCCUGCUGCGCCCGGGCUACGAGGCCAUCGAAGCGAUGUUGCCGGCCUUCGAGGAAGCCACCGGCAUUGAUGUGAAUAUCAUCAAACAUCCCUAUGAGAACGCGCUCGGUGAGCAGGUGCGUGAUUUUGUUGCCGGUGGUGAUCUCGAUAUCGCCCUGAUCGAUCUCGUUUGGAUCGGCAACUUCGUCGAAAAUGAGUGGGUCGUCUCCGUCGAUGAAAUCAUGGAGACCUAUCCGGACAUCAUCGAUCCGGAACUCAACAUGGACGACUUCUUCCCGCUCGUGCUGAACGCGUUCGGCGGCUGGAACGACACCAUCUAUGGCCUGCCUUUCGACAAUUACUCCGGCCUGAUGUUCUAUAAUCGCUGCAUGCUUGAAGAGGCUGGUUUCGAUGGCCCUCCCGAGACCUGGCAGCAGCUGAUGGAUGAGUAUGGCCCGGCUCUGACCACCGGUGAUCAAUACGCCUACGCGCUGCAGUCCAAGCGCAAUGAGACCCAGUCCGCAGACAGCUUCGCCCGCAUGCUGUGGCCUUUCGGCGGCUCGUUCCUUGACGCCGACUUCCGCUCGAACUUGCUGAGUGAAGAGAGCCAGGCCGGUCUUCAGUUCCGCCAGGAACUGAUGCAGUACAUGCCAGACGGCAUCGUCGCCUUUGACCAUGCAGAGACGGUGAACGCGUUCGCCCAAGGCGAGGUCGCCAUGAUCACCGAAUGGUCGGCAUUCUACUCGACAGUUGUCGACCCUGACACGUCGCGUGUUGCUGAUUGCGUCGGAAUCGCGCCGGAGCCGAUGGGACCGGCGGGCCGUAAGCCAGCCCUUGGCGGCUUCUCGCUGGCCGUUGCCUCUCAGGCCGACGAAAACGAGAAAGCGGCAGCUUGGCUUUUCAUCCAGUGGGCAACCUCCGCAGCGAAUGCGGUCGAGUACCUUGAGCGUGGCGGUGUUCCUGCUCGCCAGUCGGCCUAUGCUGAUCCGGCGCUGGCCGAGACCUACACUUUCAUCCCCGCGCUGGUGGAAAGCUGGCAGGAUGGCGUGCCGGAGUUCCGCCCACGCUUCGCCGAAUGGCCAGAAAUCUCCGAAGUCGUUCAGGAGUGGGGUACCCGGAUGAUGCUUGGUGAGGUCUCCGUUGAGGAAGGCGCCGCCGAGAUCGGCACCCGGAUGGAAGACAUCCUGGAAUCGGCCGGCUACUACAGCGGCGACAAACCGCUCGCGCAGUAA